ACUUGUGAUUUUUUUUUUUCAAUGAAUAAAAUUUAGGGUUAGAGGCUCGUGUUGAAAGUGUUGCGCCCAAAGAGCUCUAACAAGACUUACAUUUACCUCACCCGAACUCGAAUCUGCAAUGCUCCAACCCUAGUGAUUACUGAUUACUUGUGAUUUCUUACAUCACCGAUUCCCUUCCAACUCUUAAAAAAUAGUUCUUUUUUCCACAACAAACAAAUGACAUUCAUUUGCAAUAUCUCAGACGACCCAAGUCACUUCUGGUAGUUAGAUUCAAUUGGGGUUCGUUAUGUCGUCGUUACCUGAUUCCUGCGAUUCAAGCUUGCUUCUUUUUCUGCCAGAUGAUGUAUUUGCCAUGGUGUCACGGUUCCUCAAGCCCAGAGACAUUUGCAAUCUCAGUCUCUGCUGCAAGAGUCUCUGCGAUCUUUCAGCUUCUGAAAAAGUGUGGCUCACUCAAUGUGACAUCUUGAACAUCAAAGACAUUGUUGAGUGGAGAGAGGGUGUGUCAUCUUACAAGGCACUUUGCCGUUUUCUUCUGAGUGUUCAACCAUUGCUUGGAACAUGGGUGUAUCAGAAUCCUGAACUUGGUAACCUUGUCUAUGUCAUGCCAGGUUAUGUGUCUGUUUUUGGAUGCAGGGUGGUUCCUCAGGAGAUUGGUUCAUUGGGGAUUCAUGAUGGUCCUAUCCUCUGGUCUGCUGUGUUUGAAGUUAUUGGUGAUUUUGAUGGUUCAGCUGUUUUUGUCCUCCAUGGAAGAGAAGAGGGUGUACAUUAUGUUUGUCUAAGGUCAGUGAAGUACAUAGAUAAAUCUUGCAAUGUUUUGUUGCUUGAGGUUGAGCCCUUGAAGGGUAGUAGCUUAGUAUGCCAAUCGGGUCUGGAGUUCUUAAAGAAGGUUUUUAGGUCAUACAUUGAGCUUUCUAGGCCACAAGGGGCGGUUGGAAAUGAUGAUGGAAUACAGGUUCCCUUCAGUAAGUUGACUUUUACAGAUAGAGGAAUGUUGCUUGAUAUUACAACUAUCCAAGUUCGACAAGAGGUUCCUAACAUGGCAAUGGGACCAUUGUUUACUAGGUCAAGGGAUGAUUAUGAUAAUUUUCAGAAGGAUUUGGUGCUCUCGAGGGAUAGAAGAGUGGCCCUAAUUCAAAUGUACAGGCUCGGGGGUAUUCAGAUUGACAAUAAAUGUACAGGAGAGGGUAUUGCAAAUGGUUAUGGGUUCAACUACCCUGGAUCACAACCCGGUUCCCUCUUUGUAUUUCAAAAUGGUAUCCUUGCCUUCGUUUGGGUAGAUUCAAGUGUUGUUUUGACCUUGCAAAGACUUGACUUGCAAGAACUUUUGAAGAAAGGAGAAAGGAUACCCUCUCUGCCCCCCAUCAACAAUUUUUCAUAUUUGACCAAGUCUUACUCAAAUGUGUUUACAGUCUCUCCUAGCACUUAGUUUUCAUCGAGGUAAAGACAACACCAGUAUAUUAGUGGGUUUGGAGCUUCAUGGUUUUGACAUAAUAGCAGUGCUUCCCAGCGCCAAGAAGUUGGCAUCCCGACGCUUAGGUGUUGGGAAGGCGCAAGCUUAAGCGUCCCCGCGCUCAGGAGAUAUAGAUCAUUAGAUCAUUUCAAUUUUUUGGAAAAAAUCUUUUAGGCACAGAAGGAGGGCAGAUGGAGUUUAUCAGAGGUUUUGGGAGCAAAGGAGGCUAGAGAGCUGGAGCUGAAUCUCAGAAGUGGAAGCACCAACUCCUGAUGUCUUCUACUUUUUUAUACUUUGGUUUUACUUGUUUCUCAUACUUUGUGACUGGCUAAGUUUUUCAUUGUUAGAGGGUGAUUUUACUACUUGAAAUACUUGUUCCAAACACUUUAAUAAUUUAAUAUGCUGCAUUUUAGCUUUGUUAUUGUGCCCUCUCUAGUUUUAAUGAAUCUUUGUCUAUUGGA